AUGAACACGAUAGCGAAGCGAGUCACGGGCCUUCUGACUCGGCCGAGUCACAACCAGAUGCAACAGCAGGAGAGAGGGAUAAGGGUGAAGGUGUUCUCAGGGGAUCUAGACAAGGCGCUGACGAUACUGCAGAGGAAGAUGCAGUCGAGUGGGAUGGAGAGGCUGAUAAAAGCGCAGCAGACGCAUCACAUCAAGAACUCGGAGAAGAAGGUUCUCGCUAGGAAGAAUCUUGAACGGAAGAUCAAAUCCAUUGACUUUGCUCGCAAGUUACAGUCUAUCCUCAUCAAGAAAGUCAGAGGUUUAUGAGAGCUGAGCUGUGCUGCAAUAACCAUUCAUCAUCUUUCUUUUGCAUUACAUUUCCGGAGGAACGAGUGUUGAUCAGUACUAGUAUAUGUGAUAUAUAACACUUGUGAUCCAGUUUUUUUUUUCUCUUUCAUUUUGGACUUUUUGGUGAAUGGAAAAUUUGGUAUAAUCUCGGAUUACCGUUAGUUGUUUACUCUAUGAAUAUAGGCUUCUUCUCCAUAAUCAUUAGGAAAA